AUGAGUCAGCCCCGCGAUCCGGCCUUGGAGCUCCGGCAGUCGGGUGGCUUCCAAAGGCUGCCGCGGGAGGUGCUGGGCGGCUUCUUCGGGGAGAUGGGCUCCGCAGGGGCCCUUGAGCACCUGGCUUGGAUUUUUUGGGAUGUCCUGGAGCAUGAAGACAUGGGCUGGGACAAACGCGCAUCGAUCAACUCCGGGCUCCAUGACCAGCGCACAGGGGUCCAGAGCUUCGGUGAAUUCGGCGCCAUGACGUGCAAAGUCUAUGCACAUGUGGAUGUUGCGGGGCACCCCAGCUUCGCGCUGCCCAUCCAAGUGGGUCGGCCGGAGGAGACCCAGUUCGGCACCCUGAAGCAGGCGCUGCUGGACUUCGCGCGGAAGAGCGGGGAUGUGGACGCCGAGGGCGAGAUGGCCUACGAGAAGCUGUGCUUCUGGAACCAGGACCUGUGCCCCAUCCCGGACCGUUCCCCGGUGGCCGCCUUCGCGUGGGAGCACAACGACUUCUUCCUGCGGCCCCUGCCACGGAACGCGGACGGCUCCGCCGGCGCGCUGAAGGCGAGCAGAGAGAAGCGCGGGGAGCUCUCCUACUACUACGCCCACAACCGGGACAGAGGUGCCUUCAUCGCCAAGCCCCAGGCCACUUCGCAGGUGGAGCGGAAGCCUGAGCCCAUCAAGGUGCCGGUGGAGACUUCCACUCGGUUCAACCCCAAGCAGUCGCCCUUCGGAACGGACAUCACCAAGUACGAGACGUUGAGCUCAUACACCUGGGAGGACUCGGAUGAGACGGUGAAGGUGCUGGUGCAGAUGGACGGUGUGGGCAAACUCAACCCCGAGCAGGUGAGAUCCAGCUUUGGGGAGCGCUCCUUCGAGCUGCUGGUGGACGGCCUGCAGGGCAGGAAUCUGCGGUUCGCCUGCUACAAGACCCACGGGGAGAUGAAGCCUGAGGAGUGCAAGCACGUGGUCCGCGCCAACCGGGUGAACCUGAUCCUCCGCAAGGCGAAGGACAAGGACCACUGGUUCGACCUCUUUAAGAAGAGGGCCAUCGGGGACGAUGCAUGGACCAGGGAUCUGGAGACGGAGGUGGAGAAGCCCGGGGAGAAGGCCCUGAGGGCGGUGGAGCAGCACCUCAUCAACCUGGGCACGGAGCUCUCCCAUUGCUCAGUGGCCUUCUCAGGGCUGCGGCUGCAGGGCCACAUGGCGGGCACGGUGCACAUCUCCCGGGGCCUCCAGGACGAGCCCAACCCGGCCCUGGCGGACCCCGAGGUGGCGAACUACUACUUGGGCCUCUUCAUGCGAAAGAAGCUGGCCGGGAGAUCGACUCGGGACCAGAGCGAGCCGAGUAGCGCCAUGCCCAACGGGGACUACUGGGACAUCGAUGAGAUCCUAGCGGAGGAGCAGGAGGUGGCCAUCAAGAGCUUCCACGACAUCGCCGGGGGCGGCUUCCUGUACCCCUCCUCCGGCGCCGCGAAGCCCCGGGACCUCAAGGAGGGCGCCAAGGUCGGGGUGCCCUUUUGGCUGGCGCAGAAGCUGGCGCGCCGCAACUGCGUGGAGGUCGCCCUGCCAGCCAUCCUGGAUGAGGCCAUCCGCGAGACCCUGCAGUCGGACCCCGUGGUGUGCCGCCUAGGGGAGAAGAGCCGGUACUACUUUGAGGUAGGCUUCAAACUGGCGGCAUUGAGGAAGGAUGACCAGCUCAGGGAGAUCCUCCUGAACGCCUUCAUGCACCGCUUCCGGGACCUCCUGGGCCUCACCUCCAGCUUCGGGGACCCCAGCCGGCCCGACGUCACGCAGCCCGUGCAGAGUCAGUUCCUGUCGAGCUUGACGGGUCUGGAGGAGGACUUCUACAAGGGUGCCCAGGAGGCAGAGUCCCACUUCAAGCGCUGGGCGGGGAGCUUCAGCUGCUACGUGAUGGAGGCCUCCCAUGUGGCGGAGGUCUCCGCGGCCAAGCGCGCGCGCCUGGGCGCGUGUUUCACCGGCCGGGGGUGCGGCUGGCCUGGGGGCUCCGUGGGCGGAGCGAUCGAAAAGCUCUUCUACUUCCUGGGCCCCUCUCCGGCCAUGCUGGCGCUCUGCCCCCUCAUGGCGGAAGACGACAGCCAGGUCUUCCGGACAUUGCUGCAGCCGGGGUCCGUGGUGGUGGUACGUGGGGAGGCGUGCAGCUGCCAUCUGAACCCUCAGCUCUCGGAGCCAUGCGUUUUGCUGGAGGUGGACUUCUUCCCAGAGAUGAAGCACAGCCCGGUGGAAUCGGCCUCCGACCGUGUGCCGCCCCCGCCGGACCUGCAGAGUUGGCUGCUGGGGCGGCUGAAGGCCAUCGUGGACAACGACGUGCAGGAGAACGUGCCGGAGGAGUGGAUCAAGCUGGCACGGCAGACCUUCAUGAGGUCCCGUCCCAUGAAGAUCUUGGAGAUAUGUCACCAGCUGCCGAGCAGCCAUCGUUGCGCUUGGGAGGGCAUGGCCAUUGGCGGCUUCGAUUGCAUCGUGGAGAUCCCCAAGACCAAGUGGGACGUAGAUCAGCCGCGGGCCGAGCCGAAGUCGUCGACGCAGUCGACGCGGGGAGGCUGA